UGGCCUCAGUUCGAGUCAGUCGCUCGCUGCAGUCGCUCGUCGAGACGCACACAGAGACUGCUCUCGUCGUCUCGUUUCGCAGUCUCAUCUGUCGCUUUUCAUUAUCAAUCUCUGGCCAAAAGAGGCGCCGUUCUUCCGCGCUCCAUUCAGUUCCGUGACGUUGUUGUUAUUGUUGUUGUUUGCAGCGACCUGCAACCGCAUCCACAACGCGACCCGUGACUUUGCUCAACGUUGUCUGCAAUUUCUUUUGACAAUUUGACAACAAAAUCAUAGACAAUUGUUUUGCUCGAGGAAUGCUCGUGGACCUCACUAAAAAUAGCCUCGAAUCUGAGCUAUAUUAAGUAGAUAUAUAUAUCCAUAUAUAUAUGUAUAUUUAGUUGUGUGUGUUAUGCUGUGUGUUGUCUGCGCCAAGUGGAAAACUUGUUAAAAAUAAAACAUAACGUCAAGUGAAAGCCUCAGAAACUGCCCAAGUGCAGAUUAGCAUAUGCAAAAAAUAAAAAAAAAAAACAACAACAACAACAAAGAAUAACAGCAGCGACAGUUAGCACAAUCUCCAGCGACAACAACCACCGAGAGCAUCAAAUUCUGGAAUUUCAUUUGAUCUCAGGUGAACCACUUGACGAAGCAUAAGGAACUCUGUGGGAGUGUGUAGCAUGCUAGCCGCAGUCAUGGCAUCAGAUAUCAAUUGGGAUCCAGCGCUUUCGAGAUUGAUAACAACGUUAAAGGAAUCGGACAAUCUGUCCAAUGACCAGGAGAUUGACUUUCUCAAAGCUCUGCUGGAGUCCAAGGAACUUAAUGCCUUGGUUAACGUACACACAAAGGUGGCCAAGGUGGGUCGCGAUGAUCGAUUAGCUCCUGUUUUGUCCUCCUCCGCCCAGGUGCUUUACGAGGUGCUCGAACAGCUCUCACAGCGCUGUCAUCUGAACGAUGAGUGCAAGGAGGCUUUCCAUCUGCUACAAGACUCCCAUGUGCAGCAUCUGCUGUUUGCCCACGAUGCCAUUGCCCAGAAGGACUUUUAUCCGCAUCUGCCGGAGGUGCCCAUCGAAAUGGACGAGGAUGAGGAGACCAUCAAAAUAGUGCAGCUCGUCAAGAGCAACGAGCCAUUGACAGGAGCACAAAGUGCGGAACCGAUUGUUGGCGCAACUAUAAAAACCGACGAGGAGACGGGCAAGAUAAUCAUUGCUCGCAUUAUGCACGGCGGAGCUGCGGAUCGCUCGGGUCUGAUACACGUAGGCGACGAGGUCAUCGAGGUCAACAGCAUCAACGUGGAGGGCAAGACGCCGGGCGACGUACUCACCAUUUUGCAAAAUUCUGAGGGCACAAUUACCUUCAAGCUGGUGCCAGCGGACACUAAGGGCGCACAACGCGAGUCCAAGGUGCGUGUGCGUGCUCACUUUGACUACAAUCCGGAUGUGGAUCCGUAUAUACCCUGCAAGGAGGCGGGCCUCGCUUUCCAGCGUGGCGAUGUCCUGCACAUUGUGGCGCAGGACGAUGCCUACUGGUGGCAGGCGCGCAAGGAUCACGAGCGCUCAGCACGCGCUGGUCUCAUACCUAGCAGAGCGCUGCAGGAACGACGCAUUCUGCACGAACGCACCCAACGGGAGUCAAAUGACUUGGACUCGAAGCCGGGUUCAUGCGCCUCACUCUGCACCACCCCGCCGGGCUCGCCGCGCCUGCAGACGAGCAGCAGCAGCUCGUCCUGUCGUCAGCCAAAGACUAAAAAGAUCAUGUACGAUUUGACAGAGAACGAUGACUUUGAUCGCGAACUGAUUGCCACAUAUGAGGAGGUGGCCAAGCUGUAUCCUCGUCCUGGCAUCUUUCGUCCAGUCGUGCUCAUCGGUGCCCCUGGAGUUGGUCGUAAUGAAUUGAGGCGACGUCUUAUAGCUCGGGAUCCGGAGAAAUUCCGCAGUCCAGUGCCGUAUACCACUCGACCCAUGCGCAUUGGUGAAGUUCCUGGCAGGGAGUACAUCUUUGUGGCUCGCGAUAAAAUGGAUGCAGACAUCGAGGCGGGCAAAUUUGUGGAACACGGCGAGUACAAGGGACACCUGUAUGGCACCUCGGCAGAGAGUGUCAAGUCGAUUGUGAACGCCGGCUGCGUCUGUGUGAUCAGUCCGCAUUAUCAGGCCAUCAAAACGCUGCGCACGGCACAGCUGAAACCAUUCCUUGUGCACAUUAAGCCCCCAGAGUUGGGUGUGCUCAAGUCGACGCGAACCGAGGCUAGGGCCAAGUCCACGUUCGAUGAGGCGAAUGCGCGCAGCUUCACCGAUGAAGAGUUCGAGGAUAUGUUGAAAUCGGCUGAUCGCAUUGACUUCCUAUAUGGCCACUUCUUCGAUGUGGAGAUCGUCAAUGGGGAGCUGGUGAAUGCUUUCGAGCAACUUGUCCAGAAUGUGCAGCGACUCGAGAAUGAACCUCUGUGGGCGCCCUCGAUUUGGGUGCAGUAAAUUAAGGGAUCAAGGAUCACAGCAUGCCAUGCAAAUUUGUUGAACAAAGAAAAAACAAAACAAAGAAAAAGAAAAAGAAAACACCAAAGUAUUUGCCAUACGAAUUUAGCCCUUGUUUUGGUUCUCGUUGUUGUUCUUACUGCCCUAAAAAAGUGAAGCAACGUGAGAAGCCGAUAAAGCUAAAUGUACAGUUAGUUGCCAAUGUUGAACGGCAUUUAGAUAGCGACAGACGGACAAAGAGACAAAGAGACCGACUCAAUUUGACUAGACUGAACUGGACCGAAACGACAUAAGAGACGUAUAUAGAGAAAAAUACUAUUUACCCUUAGGCAACCCUUGGGGACGAUCCUGUCCAGCGUUAGUCCUUUUCACGACAUGUACCUUUUUGCGUAACAGUGAAAACAAUGAAAAGAAUACAAUAAACUGAAGUAAAAAUUAUAAAAAGAAAACCAAGCGAAAACCAAAAAUAAAAAGCAAAUUAUAAUAUGUAAACUAAUUCAAGAAACCAUUUAACCAAAACAUUUAAGCGAAAUUAUUAUUACAAAAUGAAAAUAUGUUGUACAACAAUUAUUUUAUUCGAAUAAUGAUGUCCGAAAUCCAUCUAUAUACAUAUAUUAAAGAUAUAAAAUGUUUAAAUUUUAUAGACAAACCAGAGAAAAUUAUAAAUGUGUUACAAAUUCCAGCAAAACUGACUUUUGUGAUCUGAUAA